AUGCCGGCAAUUACACGUGUGGCCGUGAUCGGGGCAGGAGCAGCCGGCAUAUGUGUGUCGCGAUUCCUAGCUGCCAGACGUGACAUCUUUGACCAUGUCGUCUACGAGUUGUCAGAAAACAUCGGUGGAACCUGGGUCUACACUGACAGGACGGGGAAAGACGAGCAUGGCUUCAACAUUCACUCAAGCAUGUACAAGUACUUGCGCACCAACUUCCCAAAGGAACUAAUGGGCUAUCCUGAUACAGACUUCAACCCCGACCUGCCAUCCUAUGCGAGUCACUGGGAUGUUAAGGAUUACCUUGACGACUACGCACAAAAGUAUGACGUGCUGGAUCAUGUACAGUUUUCUACUGUCGUCACAAAGGUUGUCCCGGUGGGAAAUACGGCAAAUGCGAAAUGGGAGGUAACAGUGCGCCACCUACAGACGGAUGUGGAGGAGAAACACGUUUACGAUGCCGUGUUCAUCUGCAACGGACACUACUCCGUGCCGCGGAUGCCGGACCUCCCUGGUGCAGACACCUUCACUGGCAAAAUCCUCCACAGUCACUCUUACCGGGAGCCAAGUGUCUUCGAAGGCCAGACGGUGGUGUGCCUUGGUGCUGGUCCUUCCGGGACCGACAUCGGACUAGAGGUCGCCACUGUAGCGAGUCACGUUGUGCUCAGUCACAACAAGACACCAUUCGUCUGUCCGUUGCCUGACAACCUCGAGCAGUUGCCUGGGAUUGAGCGGCUAGAGGGUGACACCGUUGUGUUUAUCGGUGGGGCGCGACGGCGUGCUGAUGUCGUGCUCUUCUGCACUGGCUACGAGUACACCUACCCAUUCCUCUCAUCAGCGUGCGGGGUCGUCGUUGAGGAGAAGAUGCGUGUAACGCCCAUGUUCAAACACUGCAUCAACAUACACCACCCAUCGAUGUUUUUCAUUGGCCUGCCCAUUCUGUCGUUGCCAUUUGUCAUAUUCCACUACCAGGUACUAUUUGCACUUGCCGUGCUAGAGGGAAAGGUGACCCUGCCUACGAAAGAUCAGAUGCUAGCUGAGGAAGAGGCUGACCUGCAGAAGAGACUCGUGAUGGGUUGGAAGAGGUCGUAUGCCCACAAGAUGGGUGGCGAUUUUCAGGAAGAAUACUUGGCCGAUCUAGCUAAGCUCAGUAAAACCAAGCCAUUUCCUGCAGUAAAAAAUUCUCUCUACAGAUUCAGCCUGGAAAUGUGUUUUACAAAUUUAAUGACUUUCAAGAAGAUCACCUAUGAAUUGCUUGACGAAGAAAUAUUUAAAUUUGCCCAGGCAGAAGGGUGA